AUGGGAGCUCAAAGUUCUCAAUUUCAAGAGGAGACUAGAAGUAAUUUGAGAAACACUGGUGCUUCAAUAAAAAAUCUGGAAGUGCAAAUGAGUCAGAUUGCUCAACAACUUGUGGGUUCGCAAACACCAGGUGCAUUACCGAGUGCUACAGUAACGAAUCCAAGAGAGCAUAAUAAUAUGAGUGUUGUUACCACAAGGAGUGGUAAGGCAAAAGAAGUCCCUGAAAAAGAUGAUGAACAAGAAGACCAAUUGCUUGAAGUUGAUUUGGAGAUAAAAGAGAAUGAAGGUGUUAGUGAAAAGGUGACAGUACCUGAACCGGUGGCUAAAGAAAAAGUUAGUGAAUCAAAGCCGGUUGUCAAACUCCCGUUCCCAACAAGAAAUAAGAAGAAAGAGAAACAUGAAAAGAACUUUGAAAAGUUCUUGGAGAUGUUCAAAAAUCUUGAAAUCAACAUUCCGUUCUUGGAGGCACUUGAGCAAAUGCCCUCUUAUGCUAAAUUCAUGAAAUACAUUAUUUCAAAAAAGAGGAGCACUGACACUGACUCUAUUGUACUAACCGAAACUUGUAGUGCUAUUUUGCAGGGUAUGAAGAUUCGAUAA